GCAGGCUUUUGUGUGAGAGGUAACGGGAUAGGUUGGCCUCAGAACGAAGGCCAGGGCGCCCGUGGCAAAAGGCGAAUCGAAAGAGAGAGGACGGAAGGCUGUGGAGACUGGAAAUACGGGAAGCGGAGCAGGCUUGUCUAGGCCAGGCAGGCCAGAAAUCAGGCGGGCUCCUUCUGGCUCCGUGGCCUCCCUGUGAGCCCGCCAACAAAUCCCUGACGAGCGUGAGGAGUCCUGGAUUUCAAUUUGUUGAAAUGAGCAGUCGUAAAUUAAAGAGCAACAACUUAAAACAUUCAGAGUGCCUUUCACAGGUACAAAGAAUUUUACGUGAAAGAUUUUGUCAUCAGAGUCUACAUAGUAACCUGUUUGGAGUACAAGUACAAUAUAAACACUUAAUUGAGCUGCUAAAAAGAACUGCUAUCUAUGGAGAAAGUAACUCUGUUCUCAUUAUUGGACCCCGAGGAUCAGGAAAGACCAUGUUAAUAAACCAUGCUUUGAAAGAAUUAAUGGAAGUAGAAGAAGUGAGUGAAAAUGUAUUACAAGUUCACCUAAAUGGACUGCUGCAGAUCAAUGAUAAUAUUGCCCUAAAGGAAAUCACAAGGCAGUUAAAUCUGGAAAAUGUAGUUGGAGAUAAAGUUUUUGGAAGCUUUGCUGAAAACCUUUCAUUUCUUCUGGAAGCUUUAAAAAAGGGUGACCGGACUAGUAGUUGCCCAGUGAUCUUCAUAUUAGAUGAAUUUGAUCUUUUUGCUCAUCAUAAAAACCAGACACUUCUCUAUAAUCUAUUUGACAUUUCUCAGUCUGCACAGACUCCAGUAGCAGUUGUUGGUCUUACAUGUAGAUUGGAUAUUUUGGAACUCUUAGAAAAAAGAGUGAAGUCACGAUUUUCUCACCGGCAGAUACACUUAAUGAAUUCAUUUGGUUUUCCACAGUAUCUUAAAAUAUUUAAAGAACAAUUAUCUCUACCUGCUGAAUUUCCAGACAAGCUUUUCGCUGAGAAGUGGAAUGAGAAUGUUCAGUGUCUCUCAGAAGAUAGAAGUGUGCGAGAAGUACUCCAGAAGCAUUUCAAUGUCAGCAAAAACCUGCGGUCUUUACACAUGCUGUUGAUGCUUGCUUUAAAUCGCGUAACAUCAUCCCACCCAUUUAUGACUGCAGCAGAUCUGAUGGAGGCAAACCAGCUGUGUAGCAUGGACUCUAAAGCAAAUAUCGUACAUGGUCUGUCAGUCUUGGAAAUCUGUCUUAUAAUAGCAAUGAAGCAUUUAAAUGACAUCUAUGAAGAGGAGCCCUUUAAUUUUCAAAUGGUCUAUAAUGAGUUUCAGAAGUUUGUUCAAAGGAAGGCCCAUUCUGUUUAUAAUUUUGAAAAACCUGUUGUCAUGAAGGCUUUUGAACACUUACAACAAUUAGAAUUAAUAAGACCCAUGGAAAGAACUUCAGUAAAUGCACAGAGAGAGUACCAGCUGAUGAAACUACUUUUGGAUAAUACUCAAAUUAUGAAUGCUUUGCAGAAAUAUCCCAACUGUCCUACAGAUGUUAGGCAGUGGGCAACAUCCUCACUAAGCUGGUUAUGAAUACAAUCAGUGGCUUCAAUUAUGGAGUUUCAGGCAUGCUUCUCUAACAGAACUAAAAGCUAUUGUCCUUUAAUAAGAUAUGUUAUUACAUUUUUUAUAUUUAUGAA